CAACAGGUGUGCAUUGGGCUAAUCUCCCACUUUGCUGACUGGCAGGCGGCCAAGGGUUGAGAUUCAUUGACGCUUUACUUGGUCAUUCAGCCUCUCCUGUAAGGUAACUUUAAGGUGUUCUUGUCGGGACAGUUGAGAUUUCAGCACAGGGAGAGCACGACUCUCCGAACAGGGAGGGAAACUCUGCAGCAGUGCUCAUUAACAUUCCCUGUCCGUACACUCACCACGAAAACCUCCUUUAGUGGGUGGCACCGCCGGCGUCCUGCGCGCCUCUUUAAUUGCGCACCACGCAUUAACGAGCGAUCACGGACUGAUCAGCAGUGGCCGCGCGCAUCACGCUGCCUUGAGCCUGAGAGAUUGCUUCAUGUCCCGCUAUUUACGGUGUCAAGGCUGAGGGAGGAAAAAGUGGGCGCAGAGUCCCAGAGGUCCGGCAAAGGGUGGUGCCCUACGCAUCUCAUCCAGCGGCUGGACACGCCGUGCGGCGACCUACAGUGACACGGUGCGCUCCUGCAGUGGGCUUCACUUGGCUUCUUGUUGCAGCUCAUGAUUGUGACAUUUCUCGGUGGGGACUGACAACAUGUGCGCCUGGAUGGUGUAAAGUGUGACACAGCGGCUUUGGGGUUUCAUUUCUCUCGGAUACGCCAAGUACCCGACGUUACGGCGCACCUUGUGUAUAAUAGAGAACCAUGAGCACUGUGGAGGAGGAACCGGAUCACAUGAUACCAUGAAGACAAGCCUGCAGGUUCUGCGCUGCCAGCUGCUGAGUGUUCUAGCAUUCCUAGCACUGUCAGUAGGGCUGGUGUCAUCAGCUCAGGAGCUGUACCUCAGCCAGACUUCCCAGGUCUCCAUGGCAGCCGCCCACAGCAGCAGCCCCCUUUCUGCCCCCAAACCCCUCCCCCUGGAUUGGCAUCAGGAAGGCUCCAGUAGCGGGGAAUGGGCAUCCAAAGGAGGCACUCAACCUUUAAACAUCAUCCUCCCUACUGUCGUCCUCCACCCUUUGGCAGCCUUGCUUCACACAACCCAAACUUCCAGCCUGGCUCAUGACAACUCUCCCAUUCAUGACACAAAUACUAAUACCCCAAACACUGUGAGUACUGAAAGUCAUGUGAAUCAGCCCCUGGAGCCGAGCUCUGAUAUUGUAAACCAAGGCCACAUGCACAAAUUGGUACCUCAAGUCCAUAACCCAGUUACUAUCAGCACUAAGCAGGCCAGCAGCAGCAUAGUGGCCCCACAUAUAGAUGUGGAAUCUAUUUCCAGAGGAGCUCCAAAUCCCCCGGCCCCUCUGUCCAGCUCCGGAUCAGACAGAGGAGAUACGCUCGCUCCACAUCCCGUAGAGCCUCAGAAGUUGAGCGUGGAUGAACCGACCAACUCCGGCGGGCAGCAUGUUCCAGAUCUGGAGCGCCCUUCCUUUUCCUCUUCAUCGAUGAAUGCUGACCAUGCACUAGGCCCGAAACUCAGGCAGCAUGCUGGGGGCGCCCUAGAUAUGUCCGCACACCACGCCAUCACCCUGAGGGAGGUGCAUGGCGUGAACGAGCCCCCCACUAAUGAACUGGUGAUGGAGACAAAGGAAGGGUCCGUGACUGCAGUGGAGAGCCCACCUGAGAAGCUAACUUCCACCGCGUCCCCUCCAGUGCUGUCCACUGAGCCCAGCCUCAACACACAGAAUCCAACAAUCAUCCUACACAACCUCACUGCACCCAACGAGACCACCACUGAGGAGGGUCCUGCUCAUGUUGUUCAAGGUAACGGCACAGACAAUGCCCCUCUUGCUCACUGGUUGGGGAAUGUGACUGCAUUUGGAGGGCUGCUCUCCAACAGCAGCUCAGUCGAGGAGGCGCCUGCUCAGGGGAACAGCUCAGAGCCCUCCUCCACAGACAGCGGGAACUUCCUGAACAGGCAGGUGCCGGCCACUACCCAGGACCCCUGGACGCCAGGCAACAGCUCAGACCCUACCGUGGACUCCCCGCCGUCCCGCGUGACCAUCUGCUUGACCAGGAUAGACAUUGUGUGGAUCGUGCUGGCCAUUAGUGUGCCUGUGUCCUCUUGCUCUGUGCUUUUGACUGUGUGCUGUAUGAGGAGGAAGAAGAAGUCUUCAAGUCAGGAGAACAACCUCAGCUACUGGAACAACGCCAUCACCAUGGACUACUUCAGCAGGCACGCUGUGGAGCUGCCCAGAGAGAUUCACACUCUAGAGAGCGAGGAUCAUGACACCUGUCUACCCCCUAAUGGAGACUACAGUGGCAGCAGCGUCAUCCUGGUUAACCCUUUCUGCCAGGAGACCCUCUUCAUCAACAGAGACAAAGCUUCCGCCAUCUAGAGACAGAAAGAAAGAGAGACGCUGUCGGAUUCUCCUCUUCUACUCCCCCUGCUGUUGUUGUCUAUUUUAUAAAUGUGGUAAAUAUUCAGAGACUUUGACUUUAUACUGUAUAUGACGAACACAAAGAGGCAACCUGAAAGAGGAGUGAUGUAAGCAGACACUAUUUACUAUGAGGAUGCACCUGAAUAUUUUUCUGAUGUACAUUUUCUACAAAAGGCUUAAUUGUGAUAAAAAAAAAAAGGUUUUUAUUGUCUUUAUAAAAUACAGAGUA